GAGCUGGUGAGAUUGACUGAGACACGUCCAUCUACUAUCAUCGACUUGCGCAAUCUAUACAUCAGUUGCCAAUUGCAGCUUUGCACUGCCUAUGCGGUCCAGGGGCGUUUCCAAAAGAUCGCCCAACACAUGCGCAGAAUGUCGAGCCCGCAAAGUUAAGUGCGAUGACAAUCGCAAUGGCGAUCGUGGUCGCUGUGGCGGCUGCGAGCGCCUCAAGCUUGACUGCUCUUUUGGACGAGUUGAUCCUGAGGUCGAUGGAGUUGCGCAGCCAGACAGACGUCUCGAAAGUCGGAAGAAGAAGACCGCGUGCAUGAGUUGCCGAUCACUGAAAGCGAAGUGUGACGGCGAGGUUCCCAGUUGCAUGCGUUGCUUGCGCAAGCGUAGGACUUGCCAGUAUCCCUCCACAGGGAGCAACGAGAAUGAAGUCGACGUCCGGGUCACAAACUCGCAGAUGCAAGAAGCUCAAAUCACAACCACUGUGCCGGCAAGUCUAGAACCGGUGCUGCCUUCGCUCGAAAACAGCUUUGUCCUUCGCAUGAUCGAAGCCUUUUUCCAGCACAUACACCCCAUACCAGUCUACUCGUAUCUACACAAAGCGUCUCUCGUCCAGCGCUUUGAACGGGGUCUGCUUGAUCAAGCCCUCUUACUAGCAUUGGCUGGUACAACGUGCGAACUGUUGGACAUGGGCGCAGAUCUCAAAGCGCAGAGUUCUGAGUGGAUGACUUAUGUCGAGCGGAGUGUGAUGAAGGAGUUUUGCAGACCUUCGGUUAUCAGAAUCCAAGUCCUGGUCAUGCUGAUCAAGCAUUGUAUGCGGCAAGGUCGGCUCAGCAAUGCUUUCAUGCUACAUGCUGUAGCCGCCAGAGGAGCCUUUGCUUUAGGACUGAACUACGAAGCGCCGAAGUUGGGAUUCCUUGCUCGCGAGUCGAGACGUCGUCUGAUGUGGUCGCUGUACAUCAUCGAUACAAGGUUAGCUGGCGGAAUGUCUGACUUCACGCUUUAUUCUGCGUCCUCGAUGCGGAUUCAAUUGCCCUGCCACGAGCGUAAUUUCGAGUUUGAUCUGCAGCAGGACGUCGAAGGCCUUGAACCAGUACCAGGAGUUGCGCUCUCUGACUCUGUAGGCUCUCUCGCCAUCUACAUACGACUCAUGUGGUUUCGUCAUCGUAUUCUACAGACCACGAAAGAAGCGGUGCUCAACAGCAGGGUCAGCAUCGAUCAUCUGACGGCUUCGAUUGAGCAGCUUGGGAAUGAAAUGAGAAGGUUCGAAACGAGUUUGCCCCAAUCGCUACAAUAUUCCAGGAAAUCUUUGCAGCUCCGUGCCUACUCCACACGGUUGGGGCCAUAUCUCUUGAUACACGUCUGGUUACGUCAAUGCCACUGCGACUUGUAUCGAAUAGCCCUUACUGGUCUCAAGGAAGCACUGCCCGCUGUUCGAGUUCAACAAGUUGACCCUGUUAUCGUCGAAAGCUGGCGCCGCAGAUGUUUUGACAAUGCUAUGGCCCUUGCUAGUGUGUUCAGUCACUUUGCGACUCUCAAGAACGGAUGUCCUGUUGUAGAACAUGACAUCAUUGCAUGCGCCUAUCAAUGUGCCCGGCUGUUACUGCACAGCACCAGUCGAUACGGAGAAGCGCUCCAGAUUGAUCACUUUGCAGUGCAAAAAAGUGCGACACAAUGCUUGGAAGCUGUGAAGACUAUGCAAUCUCGAUCCCCAAUGGGUGACAUGAUAACACGAGACCUAGCAAGACUGCUCCAGAGAGGAUCAUCACCAAGCCCACAAUUUGCUUCUACGAUAACAGACUCCCGCACCACUAGUACAACUUCGCAACUGGAAGAUAGUACAGGCUCACAUCAUCUAUUCUCACGGCACAGUGCUAUUGGACAAAUGCGCAUCACCGAUGAAGAGGCCGACCUACAUCCCAGCUCAGCUCAGGUCCCUGCAGAUGCUCAUGAAUCUGAUUUAACCCAGACUACUGAGACGAUACCACACGUUCCGCCUGUACAAGAUACGUCCGACUUCGACUUCAGCAACGCAUUUGAAGGCGCAUUUGACGACCUGGACCUCAGCCUGCACAAUGUGUACUGGAAUCCAAGUAUUUGGCUGGUCGAUUCCGCAGACAACAACCAUAAUUUCGAAAUGCCGACCUGGAACGGGUAAAUUCACGCACGUUUCACAGUUUCUCAAAGAAGGAACUGUAAUCGUGCUACUAUCGUUUGUUGUGAUAUUACAGAGAUGUUCUAGAGACCAGCUUGAUCUUCUGCAUAUCUAUCAGUGUGUGAUUCUUGUUCGAGCUUGCUACGAAGGUUAUCGCUGGA